AUGAAAAUACCGAAGGUUUCGCGUAACCGAACAACAUUCACCACAUUUCAACUGCACGAGUUGGAGCAGGCAUUUGAGCAGAGUCACUAUCCAGAUGUUUAUGCUCGUGAACAGCUUGCGAACAAAGUAAAACUGCCGGAAGUUCGUGUGCAGGUAACCAAUCAUUUCAAUAGCGAGAUAAUUUUUAAAAUCAUUGAAAAUUUGAGAUCUUAA